UAUUUCCCCCAAAAAUAUUGAUCCAUGUACAACAUCUUAACUAAACAUUUCAGCAAAUGAAAAUGGUUUAUUUUACACUACCAGCAUAGCUUUUAUAGUUCUUUGUGCCUCGUUAUAUGUUAGCGGAUACAAGAGAUCGUCGUGAAUUCGUCGAGUUCUGCCGAUGCUUUUCGGGGCCAAUAUUGUAAUAUUUAUUGCCAUGGGUCCUCUAUGAAUUAUUAAGGCUUUUUAACAUUUCCAUAUUCUAGAUUCUAACUGCGCAAAACUCAUUUGACGGACGGUUUUUGAUGAGUUAAAAAUUCACAAAAUACUUCCGAAAUUUGCGUUUCCCCGGCGUUAAUGGACACAGAGAUGCUUUGGUUAACCUGCUUCGUAUUUCAGGUUGUACUCGCAGGAGCGAACGCAGCCAACAGCACCGUGAUUUUUUCGUCGAGUGUUUCUGGGUCGAAUUCAUCUUCAACUCAAGCAUCACAAGCACCCCUACCCACCCUCUCACAGGCAAAUGUCGCUGCUAGUCCAACCAUGACUGUGAACGUCCCUUCGAGCAUGCUCAGUCCAUCUGCAACCGCUGCCCAGCAGCCAGCAUCGUCGUCAACAAACCAAGAAUGGAUGAAGAAACUACAGGACCUUUACAACCAAUUGCUGAAUCAAAACAUAACGUCUGGCGGUGGCUUGCCCGCACAAGGCUGCGCGGUGUUGGACUGGACCCCAAAUCUGCAGUCUUGUUCUACUAAGAAAUGCGUGGAGGACAAUACAGCUGCGAUGGAGGCCCAUGCCGAGUGCAUUAAGAAAGGAGACAAGCCAGAAAAUGUGUCCUCCUUCUCCUUGGUGCCUAUGGUUCAGCACUAUGGACUCGAGCUCGCCAAGUUCUACGUAGCCAACGGCAUGGGGGUCAAUGAAACUGGGUUUAUAUUCAAAAAGCUCUUCGCUUUUGGCAGUGGAUUGGUCAGCGGAAACGACAUCAAUGACACGAGCGAAGACUACUUGAAGUUCCCCGAUUACUCGAACCCAGACCACUUCACGGGCGCAUGGCAGAUGUUGCGGGAUGAGAUCAAGAUUUCUCCCAAGAUGCUUAGGGAUCGAGGGGUGCACUCGUUCCCGUACACUUGGUCCGUGUUCUCUGACCUGUAUGACCUGUCGGCAAUGAGCGAGAGGGAAGUCGAAGUUGAUCUCAUGAAGAGGAUCGCUGAUUCAUACAUUUCCGAUCUCUACGUGGACGAUUACGGGCGGCUUCGCACCAAUAAGAAAUUCCCGGACAUUACUCUGAAUAGCCAGGUCUUCACGUUUUCGCCUCUCUCCCCCAUGGGAAAACUUGAUAAACCAUUGCUUGUCACGCUACGACAUAGGAAAGUUCAAGGUUUCGCGAAUCCUCGGUGCGUCAGCUGGAACCCGACUAGGAGGAUGUACCAUACGAAAGGUUGCAGUGUUCACGAGACAAACGAGACCCACACGGUCUGCGCAUGUGAACACUUUGGCAGCUAUGCCGUCGCCAUGGACAAGACCAUCCCGGACGACGCGACUGAGCGCGAGACGGUGGUGACCGUGGCAUGGGUGUUGAGUACCAUCUCUUUGCUGUGCCUCAUCAUCUGCGCUGCCUGCAUCAUUGUUGUCGGGUAUCAUUUUGUGGACAAUAUGCGCAUUGCUCUCUGCUUGGACGUCUCGCUGGCGCUUGGAUAUUUAAUCUUUUACUUUGGGCUCUCAUCAGGGAACACCAACUUCUAUGCAAGCAGGUCGUCAUGUGACGUCAUCUCGCCGUUGAUGCACCUGUUCCAGUUGGCAGCGUUAACUUGGCUACUCAUGGAAGGUUUGCACUACGUGUCGGUCUUCAAGAAAGUCUUCAACAAAGAAAACAGCCAGCCCUGGUACAUCUACACAGCAGUUGGAUGGGGUGUUCCAAUUGCUUUUGCGGGAGCCUGCGCAGGUUAUACAUAUCCACAUGGAGGUGUGCCCAAACAGGCUGAAUUUUGUUGGCUACCCAUUGAAGGAACAGAGCUCUGGUACUUCGCAGGACCCGGAGUCAUACUUGUAGCGCUGAACUUGUUGGUUCGCUCGGUGGUGCUCGUAGAAGUUCUGACGUGGAAAGGCGACCCGGACGAUGUCAACAUUGAACGAACAAGGUUUCGCCUGCUCAGCUUCAUCGUUCUGCUCCUCGUGGUCAUCCUGACGUGGGUGUUUGGGGUAUUGGCUGCUAACAGCUCCGAGAAGAAGGGGUUUCACUACGCGUUCAUCGUAUUGUUUGCGCUGCAGGGCAUUCUUGUAGCCGUUUUCUACGCUGCUCAGAAUAAGGAGCUGUGGGACUAUUACCGUCAAAAGAAGGAAAAGAAAUUGAAGGAAAAGACGGCCGUCUUCCACUUCGAGUACAUUCCAUGAGACAUGCAGCGACACCCUAUUGAGCACGUACUACUGCACAGAGUAGCCCUAGAAGCAAAGCACUUUUCGAGGCAACGAUGAGGGAACGAGAUCAGACAAGCAGAGAGCUAGACAGGGUCAUUUCUCCCAGAAGUUAAAGAAAAUAAGUAACGUUUCGUGAGGAUUAUUACACCCAUCGGUAGGAUAUAUUUCCGUUUAAUUUAAAAUUAACGAAUGCAAUCUCAAAUAUAUACAACCUUCCCUUUCAAGUUUAGAGGUUUCGCAACCCAAAAGCCUUAAUAGCCAAAUAAAAAUAUUUUUGGCCAGUUUUUCUCGUGACUUGUUCAGUAUUGUAGGAGCCUUUAAUUUUCAAUUGUAUAGCUGAUCAGGCUUCAAAUAAAAAAAGGACGCACAAA